AACCCGCGAUGCUACGCCGCCAGCUGUUGUCCCGGAGCAGCUGCGUGAAUCACGUGACGUCUGACUAAGGUGCAUUGUUGUCUCCGUCUCACCCGGCGUCUUCGCAAGCACGGUGCGUCGAUGGCUCGCCGAUCGAGGAGCGCCGCAAGUCACAGCCCGACCGAGAUUUCUAUUUUGGGACCCUGCAGAGCGGAUAGCAACUCAAUCUCCCAAUGCGAAGGACAUUCCUGUAUGGGAAGCUGGUGCAGCUCUGGAUCAGACUUGAUGACAAUGUUGGCGUGACACGGCCGAUCUCGGCAUGAGCGGUGUCCGACAGCAGCAGCCGGCCUUUCUGUGGGCAGGAGAUGCGCCUGGCCGUGGAAAGGUGAGCGACCAGUGCCUCUGGGCGGCGUGCAAGGCGAUGACCACGGGCCUGGUGCUGAUCGUGAUCGGUGCCUCGAUGGCCACCGUGGGCUUCUACUCCGACCACCUGUCCACGGUCGAGGAGAGGCGAGGCAACAGCACGGUGCGUGUGAAGAACGAGCACCGCGACCGGCACCUGGACAGCCUGACCUACCUGGGGCCCCUGGUCAUGGGACUGGGAGGCUUUAUCAUUGUCGCCACCUGCGUGAUGACCUUCGAGGCCCGCGAUACCUCGUCGUCGUCAGCGAAGCUCGUCUCUGCCUGGUUCAAGAGGAGCAGGUCAUACGUGGCUCCACGACCGGAGAUCAGCUGCCAAGGCACUAGCGCGACCGACGUCUCCUGGGAACGCUUCCUUCCGGGCGUCCGUCACGACUCGACCGUGACCGAGGCGGACCGGUCGGCCGUCACCAGCGCCCUCAUCAGCUUCAGCAGGAACCUGCAAAGCAGCUUCGAGUCCGGGCGCCUGCCAGGCGGGGCCGGGACCCUAGGGGGCGUCUCCUGUGGAGGAGGCGGCGGCGUCACCGAAGGUUCCACCGCCGGCAGUCCCCGCGAGAAGUUGCACCGGUGUCAGUCCGACCCCAACGUCGUCGGGCUGGGACUGACCUGCGGCAGCGGCGGAGGUUCUCCGACCUUCCGCGAGCCCACGUCUCCGCUCAAGAAGCGCGAAGAGGCCGAGCGCGAGUGCUUCCUGAAGCCUCCGGCCAACCCUCAGCUCCUGAGACCCCGCCCAUUCAACGUGUCCCCGCACGACUACCGUAAGGUCGUCUCCGUGGACUGCGCCUCGCCUCCCGUCCUGGACGCCCCCGCGGCCCUCGGCGAAAGCCACCCGGCGCAGUCGACUUCGUCUCACGGCUCCAUGGCCAUGGACGUCUACUUCCCGGAAGGCGCCGUCACGCUGAAGGUCAAGGACCGAACGAAGAAGCAUCAUCACCACCACCACCACACCACGACAGCCGUCUCGCCGCCCACCACCAGCAGUAGGAAAGGAAGCAGGUCGUCCGGUGCUUCGAGCAGGAAACUGUCCAAGAGCGAAGUGGGGUCCGGGGAGAGCUACGGCUCGACCGAGUCCGACACGUCGCCCCGGAAGUCGCGGACCUCGACUCCCGCCCGGAAGUCGGAGGCGUCGAUGCGUCGGGCCUCGACGACCGCAUCGUCGGCGUCGACCACGAGUCCGCGACACAGCCACAGCGAGGCGCCGGGCACUAGCAGAGCAGGCAGUUCCGUCCUGACGACGACCAAGUCGGCGACCAUGAAACGACACCCGUUCACGAGGCAGCAAGCGCUCGACACGCACUCCUUCGGCUCGACCGACGCUUAGAAUGUGACCGAUGGUCCUUGAAGCUGCCUCGACACGGCGCGUUACGCACAAAAAAGGACGCUUCUGAUCUCAACAUCUGCUCGACCAUUGUGCUUUCUGGAUUCAAGCACGGUGACGUGAAUCUCCUUUUAAGUUGCACAGGUUAGAAGUUUAUGAAUAGCUCGCUAGGUGGUUUGCUACGACCGAACAUGAAGAUUCAGUGCUUUCUGAAGAACAAGCGGGCUCUCAACUGGUUGCUACGAAAGGCACGUUGACUAAGGGAAGAAGCACGAAAAGCACAUAUGGUAUCAUGUGCUGACAUGCUUGUCUGUUCCAUAACACCGCACUCGAAAGUGUCAUUCGUCGAUGACGGCUUGUUCGGAGAGCAUAUCAUAACAUAGAGACGACAGGAAGUAAACGUAAGCACCGCCGACAGGUGCCGGUGUGCGCGCUGUCCGUGAGGAAUGCUAUUGAAAUGGUAGAAGUUUACUGUGAAGGAAAGAGCACUCUACAUUUCUUGCCAAUUCGAAAUCUGUAGAGAGACAAGUGCGUUCUGCUAGAGAUGUGUAAACAUGAAAGUGAUUCGACUCUAAACAUCUAACUGUGCAGCUGACAGGCACAGUUGGAGCCUGACAGAAAUCAUCGAGUGUCUGAGCUGGAUUCCAGAGCGCACAACCGGUCUGCUUCUAUUGCGAGUGAUGUGACGUGAACAGCAACAGUGACGUCAGACUUCGCCCACAGGACACACUUGUUUCGAUAUCGUCACCCUUGAGUCAUUCCAUGCCCUUCGCAUCUGCUAGAAUCUAAAGAGGAACAAGUUUGUGUGAUGGUGCUGCCCUCUGGUGCAUUCCAUGAUCACUGUGGACCCUUUACGCACAACUCUACGAAGACUGUUUGCAGUUAACAGCAACUGUAGAACCGUUUUAGGGUGUGUUUUUCGCGGUGGAGAAUUCACUUUCGGUGUUCUAUGUUGCGUCUCACCACCAUGUCAGUGUCAUAUCCGUAACUAUAGUCGGUUACAACCUAAAAAUAAGUACAACUUCGUCCCCAGAACUGCGGCACACCUGCCAAUCAUCUGUGCAAAAGAGUCGCGCUAGGUGGUUUCCGUUGCAAUCAAAAUUACUUUUUCACGGCUACUGUAAAUACUACGGAUAUUAAAAAUUAAAAGUUCGUCGUCGCUACUUAAAAUAUUACGCUUCCCGAAGUAGUGCUCUCAGAGUCUUUGCUGAAAUUUGCCAGGAGGCUCACAAACAUGCGUCUGUAUGGCAAAAACACCUACCUGAAAUAGGCGAAGCGUGCUUGAUGUAACUAAAAUGAGCAAAUGCAAUUGGAUGGAUUGUCUAUCGAAAUUUUCAUUGGGUGGGACAGCAACGGCUGUGGGCGGAGUUUACAUUUAAUCUUAGGUUAUAAUCGACUAUAACGCUAUUCUAUACCAAUAGGUAUUAUUCGCCUAUGUGUCAGAUCUCUGAUUCAUAUUGUUGUCGCGUGUCCGUGGAACAUGUUUUUAAUUUCUCAACCAAGAGUUUAAUAGUGAUAGCAGUUUCAUUACCCUGUGGAGCUAAGGCGCGUUUCGCUAGAUGCCAUUCCUCCCAAUAUAUGGCAGAAAUCUUCUUUAUAACACGCUGUGUUCAGCGGUACCUCGAGCUAUCCUUUAGGGUGUCCGAUACAGAGACGCCGCAGUCCGGUGCUCAAUAUUUUAACAAAUCAGGUGAAGCAGUGUUGAACCAAUCUUCUUGGCUGCGCUAGUUAAAUGAUCGCCGAGUGUUUCAUGACGCCUUAGUGAAAGAAAUUACGCAUUUGACGUCAACACGUAUUGACUGGUGUCUGGAUCAAGUAUUGUACUAAUGGGGAAAAAGAUAGCGAAGUCUUGUAAUAUCAUGUCGCUUAACUGGCGUGUAAAAAACUCUGGCAAGCAGCUGGAUAGCGUCACCUUUCAGUGUUCAUUUAAAGGGUACUCACAAUGCGCAAGCUCAUAGCAGAUAACCCAAAUAAGGUAAAGUAACGUUGAAGCUAGUGUCACUGAAGAAAAAGCAAAUGUUUUCGUCUGUAGUUCAAAGAAUUGUUGCCAAGUAUUACUGAAACGAGAACUUCUGAUAAUCAUCGUCGCAUCAGACAACACUGUCAGACCAGGAAAGAAUCGGGGUGCGCAAAGAAAGUCUGGACACGAGUGAAAAAAAACACAAAUGUGUUUUAUUAUGACUAUCACGUCAUCAACAAGAGAAUAUCAGCUCACUAUUCCUGUAGCCAGCACUUGCCUUAUUAGUAGUUUCACACCCCAUCUACGUGUUGUCUCUGUCUCAUUCGAAACCUAUGUCAUAAUGCGUCUGGAAUCGUGAGGCCACUUGGAGCCGUUAAUCACAACUCCAUAUUUUUUUUUUUGACUUCAUCUAUCGGGUUAUUUCAUAUAUUUUAAUUCUUCUGCCAUGCGUCCACGCUUUCUCGACAGAUAUGAGCUACAGGGUUUAGGAAUAGCGUCACGUUGGAGAGUGUAGUGUUGUCUUUCAAACAAAGAAUGUACAAAGAACCGAGGUCUGAUGAGAGGUUUCCUUUUCUCAUUUUGAAAAAGCUAAGGUUACAUACCGGAACUUUCUUCAGUUCUUCGUCACCACUGUCACUCUUGGAGAGAUCACCAAUUGUACAUCUACCUAACGUUAGACUCGCAUACCUUAGAAAUACAACCGUUCACAUCAUACAACAUAUCCAAGUCAGCGUAUAUAUACUUCAGUGUCCUCCUGCCAAUGUGUGAAGCCAAGGAGUGUGCGCGGUGACGCGUUGAACUUAGAGUCGCGAUGGUGAUAGAGAGUUAGAACUUGGACGAUUUGCAAGGCGCAGCCAAAACUAAGCGCAAAACGCAAGACGAGAACGCACAUGCAGACACACACUGCCCUGACCAACAGUGGGAGCACUCGGUUGCUAAGCAACGGCAGCUUCUAGGCAGUAAGAGUGUGAACGAGUAGAUGAGUUUGUACUUCCCAAUGAGGUUUAGGUAAAAUUCUGGAACGGCAGCUUUUACAAAGCCUUAGUAGCAGAUGCGGAGCCAGCAUUUGCCUGGAGUUUACAUGAAAAAAUAUGGCAUUCACGUGUGAUGCGCAAUCAGAGAUAAAGUGAUCUUGUUCUGCUAUCAUAACCGGCAGACUAAACAUAGAAUAACAGAUCGCUGUUCCCGACAGAAGUAAUAUAUCUGGAUGAGUAUUGGUAAUUUCAUCUUUACUAAAUUUGCCAAGUUUUUGACGUUUCUAAAGGAAACCAGUAACACUAAGACUCUACCCGUUCAGCAUUCUCUCUCCCCGGUAAAAUUACCGAUGUUGAAUUCGUAGGGCGUGUGAAGCAAACGCUGCUUUUUCUUUAAUGUGUGCUACCGUUUUAUUAGGCCUGGGGUAAAAUGGCGGAGGCGUGGCUUCACUUUCCAGACAUAAUUUCCACUCCAGCAGUUUUUCAAACAUCCUUGGUAAUUCGGGUCAAACUCAGCUGUUCCGUUUGCUAGCACAGACGAUUUGAACCAAAGCAUGAAUUGAUAUAGAACUAGAAUUAGAUUAGAAAAUAACUCUGCGGUAGCAACCUAAUACACCCACUCAGUCAGGGACGUACGUGUCGCGUUAUCUGCGUACUCAUCUUCCGCUCUGUGCUUAGUUUUGCUGCUUAGAUAAGUUUGCUGCUUAGAGUGUUUUGCUUUAUAUUCUAGUGUUGGUAUUCCUACGCUUCUUCAGUGUGCGAAUUCUUCUGAAAAGCAUUCGUCGUCAGCAUUAGGUAGACGCGCAAUACCCGAAACUCUAGUCAUAUGCAUAUUUCCAUUGCCUGUAGACAGAAAGAAAGAGCCCUCUCUCUCUCUGGCGCAAAGCUAAAGAGACUGCCCAACACACGUACUCUAGGGACUGUGGAUAAUUUCUUAGUACAAGUAACCGUCUUUGGUAUCUGGAGGAUCUCUUGCUUUUGAAAGCCAAGGAAGUAGUGACAGUAAGGGAGAACAGAUGUGUUCAGUUCCUCAUAGGCGAAUGUACAAAGCUGGUUUGUUCUUGUUUGUUUGUUGUUUUGUUUGAUUACUUGUUUCAACUUUUACCGCAAAUAUGGAACAAAUUGUGUCACUUGCCUGACGGGAAGCCCAUUCCAUUUAUUAUGCAUCAGCAGCAUAUUCAGGAGAAAGGCUCACUAAAGUUGCUCAAUAUCCAACUUAUAAAACAGCGCAUUUCCAUGUGGAAAACGUCGUUAAUGUGAAGUACACCGAAAGUGUUUGCCACAGGCCAAUUUAUCAAUUUUCGUACUUCAAGUCAUACUCCUACGGGUCAAAAUGACUCAUUUAUUUUGACGCAGUACCACACUAUACGUGAGAAAAAUGUCAGCGGUCACGUGAUAGCUUAUCACGUGUUUUGUAAGAGACAAGGAGAAAACGAGAAUACACACAGACCAGGUGCUGCGCUAUGCGAAAUCCCGCGAUGUAACAAACAUUUUCAAGCAUAAUAACGAGGUACGGCCAGCUAAAGCAUUUUUCACCCUUUUAGGCGUAAAUGAUGCAAUUUUCGACACUAAUACAGGUUAGCAAGUGUGAAUCUCAACAGCUAUAUCUGUUUGAAAUACUAUUGGAAAUUUUAAGAAAAGAUCAUGUCAUAGGAUAUUCUCUAAGGACAUUUAUUUCAUUGACAGACACUGAAGAUUUCUUAACAUUUGCUAAAGAAUUCGUUUACAAGAGUGACAAUGGAUCAAACAGUUACGACCGCUAUAUUAUCCAGAAAUUGUGUUUAGGUUCUGAAAUAGGAUUUCUCAUUGUUUUCAUGCCUGAAAAUAUAUGUUUGGAAAGCCACUCGGUGUCGUACUUGCGUGCUAUAUAAGGUGAGAUUGUAAUAUCAAAUUUUUUUAAUCCUUCGUUCAUAGAAUGCAAGCCACAUUUGCCUGAAUACACAGCUGCGGCGGGCUGAGUUUAUUUGCAUUGGCUGUUUUCCAAAGCGUGAGGAACGUGCUGUUCAUUGUGAAUAUAUUGCGGACUUCAUUUGACGAUGUGAUAUACAUAAGUUCUUAGGCAGGAAUAAUUUCUAAAGCGUUUUUUUGUUACGGAACAUCUGUAAACAUUCUUCAGAGAAAGUACCACAUUGAUGCUUGACGAAGUACAAUGACCCUGUAGAAAUUAACUGUAUGCUUAUGCGCUAAGGUUGGCUGGGAACUUCGUGUCGAAUGAACGAAAUAUUCUAGGCAACGCUGGGGUGUAUGUGAUAAUACCACUGUGGUUUGCCUUCUUUGUAUUUUCACUGUGUCUGCGUUUGUGACUCACCUUGUCUGCCCCUAUUAUCGUGUCGUGAAAACAAACUGACAUGUCAUCAACAUCUUGUUAUAAUUCCUUCUGAUAAAGAUCUCUAACUUUCACCUUACAGCACAUACAGUUCGUUGUAUACAUAUCUUACUCACGUAAGCCAGGUAACGUGUCUUACACAUGUUUUUAUUGCACAGAAGCCUCAAUUGACACACCUCUCUUAGCAAUAUGCAGUUCGCCUUCUCCUCGAACCUAUAAAAAUCCGAGUUGUGCCCUUUUCCCAAGUGUUCCUUAUUCCUCUGGCCUUUGAUAAUCACUGUGAUCCAUGCGUUAUCUGACGUUGAUCUCGUUGAUGCUAUCGCAGGGUGUAAAGUGACAUGUAGACAUGCCUUUGUUUAAACACAGUGAAAUUAUUAUUACACGCUGUUGCCAUCCUCACACAAUGCCCAAAUGAUGUAGGUGUGUUCAUUCCUGCCUGAAGAUCAAGGUCAUCAUGUCGCACGACAAGAUACCGCGUUAACUUCAUGCUGCGGACCGUAAGCAUCACAGCUUUCGCCACCAUAGCAUCGCCAUUUCGCGCAGCCCUUUCCAUUAGACAUCAAAGAUAAGUGACGGUAUUACGAAAGUAACGAGCGGUGUCUUAGAAAUCGAGGCAGUAAAGCUAUCUUCUCAGCUGAUGACACAGUCCAUACCUUUCAUGAGCUUAAUUAAAUCAUUCUAGCUGCCAUGAAUGACGUCAUUAUCUCAAACAGAACAUCGACAGGCGCAUAGAGUAAGCAGGCCAGUUAUAAAACUUGUAAUUGUGUGCAUCGAUUAUUAAUGUAACUCACAUACUGUACAGUGCAGUGUUUAUAAAUUCUACGGGCAUUCAUAUGAGUACAGCUGUAGGAAUUGUGGCACCGGUUUACGUAGCACCAAGUAUCAUAUUUUCUACAAUUACAGAUAAAUGCGGAGUAUCUAAAUAUAAAUCUAGGGCGGGGUUUAACUUCGUCUAUCGGAACACAUUAGAUAACUACUGCCACAGGAGAGAAUUUGUACGCCAAUAUCUUCGAUACGUUGGCGUAAAUUUAGAACAUCAAAAAGGCCUUGUUAUUGAGUACGUCACUGCAACCAAUACUAAUCGAAAAUCAUGCCCGUUUUCCAAAUGCCGAAUUAUACACGUUCAUACAGAUUUACUUUUUAA